AUGGACGCCCAGAUUGAGAAAGCCAUCGAAAUCGCAUGGGACCCUCGAUCCGACCCAAACUUAAAACAACAAGCGGUUCAAUAUCUCACUCAAGUCCGAGGCGACACCUCGAGCCUACAAGCAUGCCUUAACCUCUUCACCAGAGCUCCAAAAGCCGCCGAAGUCGUACGAUUAGUUUCACUGGACAUUGUCAACAAUGCGAUUCAAACUCAACAUAUAGACGAUCAGAGCUUGCGUGGGCUCAAGGAACAACUACAUGACUAUGUCAGAAGAACAUAUGCCUCUGGGAACGAGGUCGAUCCACCUGCUUUACAGAACAAGCUCACACAAACCUUGACAUUUUUAUUCUCAUCGUUAUACAAGGAAGGCUGGGAAAGUUUCAUCAGAGAUUUCCUAAGCUUCGCAGGUCAUCAAAAUGGAUCAGUGGAUAAUCUUUCUGGAGUUGUAUUAUAUUUGCGGCUUUUAAGCUCUAUCCAUGACGAGAUUGCCGAUUUGAUGAUAGCCAGAGCUGGAGAAGAGACAAAGCGAAAUGUUGAGUUGAAGGACCUUGUGCGUGCUCGGGAUGUACAGACGGUCGCAGGCUCUUUUCAACAAAUUCUCACAUACUGGCAAGGCAACAACGAUGCCAUUGUUGAAAUGACAUUAAAAGUUAUUGGAAAGUGGGUCUCGUGGAUUGAUAUCUCUUUGGUCGUAAAUCAGGAUAUCUUGAAUUUGUUGUUUCCAUUGGUUGGCCGAAACCCUAACGGAGGUGAAGACAAAGUCAAGGAAGCAGCAAUAGACUGCUUCACAGAGAUUGUGGCAAAGAAGAUGAAACCUUCUGAUAAGAUAGGAAUGAUUCUGUUCUUGAACCUUGGAGAAGUUGUGUCGCAACUUAUCGCUAGUCCAGCCCUACAUGACUUACGGAACACUUCUAGCUAUGAUACCGAUCUUGCGGAAGCGGUUGCAAAACUGGUCAACAACGUUGUUUCAGAUCUGGUCAAAAUCCUCGAGGACACCAAAGUUGAACCCGAUGUUCGAGCCCAAGCAGAGCAAUUAUUGCAAACUUUCCUUCCACUUCUACUCAGAUUUUUCUCGGACGAGUACGACGAGAUAUGCGCAACAGUCAUACCAUCUCUCACAGAGCUAAACACAUUCUUACGCAAAGCACAACCAUUACCACCUGCAUAUUCCGCCAUGUUGACACCUGUUCUCAAUGCGAUCAUACAAAAAAUGAGAUACGAUGACACUUCUUCAUACGCCGAUGAGGAUGAAUUAACAGACGAGGCUGAAUUCCAAGAGCUUCGAAAAAGAUUACAGGUUCUUCAAAAGACUAUCGCUGCAGUUGAUGAAGCUCUGUAUGUUGAUGUCUUGAGCAACGUGAUUGGAAGUACAUUCCAAAGACUCGAAGAGCAAAAUGGCCAGAUAGACUGGCGUGAUUUAGACCUUGCACUACACGAAAUGUACCUUUUUGGGGAACUUACGCUCGUCAACGGUGGCCUCUAUGCCAAAAGCCAGCCAUCCAGUAUCGCAGCCGAACGUUUGAUCGUCAUGAUGUCUAAAAUGGUCGAGUCCGGCAUUGCUUCAUUCAAUCAUCCUGCCAUUUCACUCCAAUAUAUGGAAAUCUGCGUUCGAUACUGUUCGUUUUUUGAGAACCAAACCCAAUAUAUCCCUCAAGUUCUCGAGCAAUUUGUUAGUUUUGUGCACCAUAGUCAUUCACGGGUCAGGAUACGUUCGUGGUAUCUAUUUCACCGAUUUGUAAAACACUUGAGAGGUCAAGUAGGCAAUGUUGCGGAGACUAUCAUUCAAUCAAUCAGUGAUCUCCUUCCUUUGAAGGCAGAGGUACCAAGGGAAAAUGAUGAUGACAUGUCAUCAGAUGAUGGCAACCAUGAUGCAGCGGAUGUUGCAUUCAAUGCCCAACUCAAUCUUUACGAGGCAAUUGGUUGUAUUUCAUCCACAACUUCAACACCAAUAGAGAAGCAAGCCAUUUACGCAAGAACAAUCAUGGAUCCUCUGUUCUCAGACAUUGAGCGAAACUUAGAGCAAGCUAAGUCGGGAAACGCACAAGCUGUUCUACAAAUUCAUCACAUCGUUUUCGCUCUUGGAUCGUUAGCCCAUGGAUUUUCUGACUGGUCCCCAGGAGAAGGAAAAAGGGCUGGACAGGCACCUGUCAAAGAGAUAACCAUUGAAUUCAGCCGUGCCGCGGAAGCAAUUUUGUUUGCGCUCGAGGCACUCAAGGCCUCUUUCGAGGUCCGUAAUGCAGCAAGAUCCUCAUUCUCUAGACUGAUGGGAGUCAUGGGAGUUGCUAUGCUCCCUCUCCUUCCAAGAUGGAUCGAUGGCUUGUUGUCCCAAAGUUCUUCCAAGGAAGAAAUCGCCAUGUUCUUGAGAUUAUUGGAUCAAGUGGUAUUUGGAUUUAAGAAGGAUAUACAUGAAGUUCUCAACUCCCUACUGACACCACUUUUCCAACGAGUUUUUGCUAGCUUAAGCGAGCCGGUUACAGGAACAGAUGAUGGAAUUCAACUCGCUGAAUUGCGAAGAGAAUAUUUGACCUUUGUGACGGUCAUCUUGAACAACGAGCUCGGUUCCGUUCUUGUCAGCGAGCAGAAUCAGGCUUUCUUUGAACCCCUCAUUCAGUCGGUCACAACCUUGGCGAAGACAGUCACAAAUGAAAAUGGCAAUCUCGCGGCCAGCAAGAUUGCCUUUAACGUUAUGACAAAGAUGGCAGAGAUCUGGGGUGGCCCAACAAUUGCCACUCCAGGCCAGCCCAUUACCUCGCCUGUUUCCCCUCAACCAACGUUCCCAGGCUUUGAUAGUUUUCUCAUUGAACGUUUUCAUCCGGUUUGUUGGGAGGUUCUUCGCGAUCCAAACUUCAGACCAUUGGUCGAUGCACAAUCCAAGAGCGUUUUGAAUGAAUUGGCGGGAUUGGAACAGGUCAUCUAUAUGAAGACUGGAAAUAUGUUUGUGGAGCAUCUACAGGGCAAUUUCUUCCCAAGUAUGGGCGUAGAUGGUAGCGGAUUUAUCAAGAGCAUGGUGGAGAGUCCUGAAAGAAAGGGACUGGCGACGUUUUUGCAGAACUGGAUGAAAGGAAAAGCUUAG